AUGCAUGGAAUUGUGGAUGAGAAGACUGAUGUUUUUGCAUUCGGGGUUUUGUUACUGGAGCUCAUAACAGGUCGCCGUGCAGUUGAUUCAAAUAGUAGGGAAAGUCUUGUGAUCUGGGCAAAACCUAUGCUGGAUGCAAAGUUGAUGAAAGAAUUGGUAGACCCCAGAUUAGAAGAUAAUUAUGAUCUCGCAGAAAUGAAGUGCUGCAUGACAACGGCUUCCUUGUGUGUCCAUCACGUGUCCUCUAAGCGGCCAUACAUGGAUCAGGCUGUGCAGCUACUGAAAGGCGAAGAGGUGCCAAUUGAACUGAAUCAAAAUUCAUCUACUCCAAGAUCACUCUUGAUAGAUGCAUGUGAAACUUGUGGAACAAUACUUGCAGUUGUGUGUUUUAGUGUGCACGCGUGUGGUGAAAAUGAGAAUGUCACCAACUUGGUCCUUCUUGAGGCAUGGCAAAAUAUCUUACGGUUGUAA